UAUACAAGUUUACUAAAACGCAUACUUUUUAUCUCACCGUCUUUUAUUUCGUCUUCCUCAUCUUUCUCGUCUCUGAACCUCUUCUCUAAGAACGAAUAAAGAAUUCGACAAGGCAAAAAUGUCGACGGAUUGCAACAGAGCCGACGAUUUCUUGUUUUCACAGCAACAAGAGUCUACUUCUGGUGCAAAUAAGUACGAAGGACUUGUGCCAAAGAAAAAGCCUCUUAUCUCUAAGGAUUCCAAACGUGCUUUCUUCGAUUCAGCAGAUUGGGCUUUACUCAAGCAAGAAGCAAGUAUAGAUCAGAGACCAAUUGCGGCAAUAGAGAAACUAAGACCCAAAUUUCAGAGAACGCCUCGCAAGGAACUUCCCCCUAGAAGACCCACAUGUGCAACGGGACAUGAUAAUCUGACAGAGUCGAGCUUUUAGGGUACAAGGAAAAGGGUUUGCGUGGAAAUUGUGGAACGCGAUUGGUUUGGUGGUAGUGAGCCUACUCACGUGUUUCAUGUUUCCAUAAAAAAAACUUGUGUGCAGUUAUGCACAGUUUGUUCGGUUUUUUUCGAUAUUGAUUCAUAAAAAUGUUUGUCAUUUCAAUAAAUUGCGCAGACAAUUGUUGCUGUGUUCUUUCUUUUUUCUUUUGCUCCA